UGUAUAUUAACGAUCUGCCUAAUUGUUUAAAAUACUGUACACCGAGGAUGUUUGCAGAUGAUACGACGCUCACUGUGUGUGGCAAAUCCACACAUGAAAUUUCGUCUGCUUUGAAUCAUGAUUUAAAUAAUGUUAACGAUUGGCUAAUGGCUAAUAAGCUUUGUUUGAACCUUAGCAAAACGGAAUAUAUGCUAAUAGGAUCCAGACACAGCAUCAAUAAUCUUGUUGAUAAUCCUUGUAUUUCUAUUGAUGGUAAACUUUUGAACCGAGUGAUAGUGACUGAGUCUCUAGGAAUUCAUAUUGACCAAUUUCUCUCUUGGGAUUUUUAUAUUGAGAAAUUGACAAAGAAAAUUUCUAGUGGCAUUGGAGCGAUUUCUAGGUUAAAACCGUUUGUAUGCAGAAAUACUCUUAUUUCUGUCUACAACGCUUUAGUUCAAUCAUAUUUUGAUUAUUGUUGUGAG